AUGAUUAUUAAUAAUUAUUUGCUGAUUAAUCAUGACUUAGAUGUGAUUACUAGUCAACGACCUCCGACAGUCGUAAUUGAAGAUCAAUUUAAAUGCCUUAAUAAUACCAAUUUUUCAAGAACUUUUAGAAAAACACAAUUACUUCGCAAAUUAGACACAAAAUAAAACAAUACUAACAUGAUGUCAUCGACAAAACUAAAACCAAUUACAACAUCCCAAAGCCUAAUUUGCCUGAGUCUCAAGACACCAAUCUAUGAAGCAAAGGAGAAAAAAUUGGAACUAGCUAAUUUAAAAAUGGGGAAGAGAAUGAAGAGAUAAACUGCAUGCUAAACAGAUUGUUUUGAUAAUAAUAUAUAUUUCAGAAAAACACUCUCCUCUAAUUUCUAAUAACCAGGAAAAGCAUUUUUCUAUGCAACAUUGUAAAAAUCUAAAAUUGACUUUUACAAGGUAGAUGGUUAAACAAAAUAAAAAUGA